GCGUGGGGUGUUGGGGGGGGCCGCCCCGGCGGCCGCCAGACGUGCCGGCAGUCACAGGGUAACGCACGUCGCUCCCGUCCACCCACUCGCCCGCAUUUAACCCGGCCCCGCCGCCGCCCCGCCGCUCCUCAGCCGGCGGCGCCGCGGCAUGAGCUGCCCGCCCUGAGCGCUCCCCUCCGCGCCCCGCUCCGCGCCCCGCUCCCGCGCCUCCGUCCGCCCCAUGGAGCGGAUCCCCAGCGCGCAACCCCCGCCCGGCUGCCUGGGCAAGCUGCCCGCCCUGGAGAGCGCCGAGGUGCCGGGGCUGGACUUCGCGCACAUGUACCAAGUUUACAAGCCGAGGAGGGGGUUAAAAAGAAGCGAGGAUAAUAAGGAGACCUACAAGCUGCCUCACCGGCUGAUCGAGAAGAAGAGGCGCGACCGGAUCAACGAGUGCAUCGCCCAGCUGAAGGACCUGCUGCCCGAGCACCUCAAGCUGACGACUCUCGGUCACUUGGAGAAGGCUGUGGUUCUCGAGCUCACCUUGAAGCACGUGAAAGCGCUCACCAAUCUCAUUGAGCAGCAGCAGCAGAAAAUAAUCGCUUUGCAGAAUGGUUUGCAAGCGGGCGACCUGUCGUCAAGAAACCUUGAUUCCGGCCAGGAAAUGUUUCGAUCCGGUUUCCAGAUGUGUGCCAAGGAAAUGCUGCAAUACCUGGCGAAGCACGAGAACGGCAAGGACCUGAAGUCGUCGCAGCUGGUCGGCCACCUGCACCGCAUGGCCUCCGAGGUGCUCCAGGGCGCAGGCGGCCGUAAGGCCGGAGACAUCCCUCCUAAAAUGGGGGACUUGAAAGAGAAACCCGUCCCCUUGGGCAAGGCGGUGGAGGGGCACGGGAAGAACUGCGUGCCUGUGAUCCAGAGGACAUUCGCUCACUCCAGCGGGGAGCAGAGCGGCAGCGACACAGACACGGACAGCGGGUACGGGGGAGAGCUGGAGAAAAGUGACUCCAAAUCCGAACAGCAGUAUUUCAAAAAGGAUACCGAACUCAAGUACGCUGUCCAGGAGAGAAUAAGCUCUAUUAAGCAAGAGACUGAGGACCCGCCGGCCAAGAGGAGCAGGCUGGAGUCACCCGAGGACGAGGGCCCUUUUGGCAGCGACAUGAUGGGCUCUUCCAGCAGCUUCCUGGGCCCCCACGCUCACCAGCCUCCCCUGUGCCUGCCUUUCUAUUUGAUCCCACCGUCCGCAACCGCCUAUCUGCCCAUGCUGGAGAAGUGCUGGUACCCGGCGUCCGUACCUGUCCUGUACCCCAGCCUCCCAGCCUCUGCCGCAGCACUUACGGGUUUCAUGAACCCCGAUAAAAUCUCCCCGCCUCUGCUGAUGCCCCAGAGACUCCCUUCUCCCGUACCAGCCCAUUCCCCUAUCGACUCCUCAGCUCUGCUUCAAGCUUUGAAGCAGAUUCCUCCUUUGAACUUGGAAACCAAAGACUAAGUGCAGUGUGACUUUUUUUUUUUUUUUUUUUUUUUUUUUUUUUUUAAGUUUGAGACUGUUUCACUUUUUAUAUAUUGGCUGGACUGAGGUGUGGGGAUAAGGUUCACUGCGUGUAGGAAGCUGAAUCCCCUUUUCUCUGACUUGUCAGGUAGCUAGGAGAAGGAUGAAGGAUGCGCCCAGGUUAGCGAUUCAGAACUACUUCCAAAAGAAAAAAAAAAAAAAUUAAAAAUAAAAAAAAAGAAAAAGAAGGGUUUUGUGCUUUACCCCUUACCUUCUUCCCUCUCCGCAUCUACAGAACAGCAGUGGCCUCGGUCAGC